GGUGAAGAAACCACAAAAAGUGUAUAAUGGCUUCCUUAUCGCUUUGCAUAGCCACGAAAGUGCCCAGUCCCUCAGCUUCUCUCAUUCUCAAUGCCCCAAAACCAUCUUCACUCUCUCUCAACGUUGGCCGCAGCAGUUUCUUCAACGUUCGCUCUCCUCUCCUCCAUUCUUCCUUCCUCUCCUCUCCUUCCCAUCUCUCUUCCUCCUUUACAGGGUUGUCACUUGGAUUGGAGUUGACAUCUAAUGUUGGGGCGAGAAGAGGAAAAGGUGGUGGGUUGGUUGUGAGGGCAGGGAAGGCUGCUCUUUGUCAGACAAAGAGAAACAGAUCAAGAAAAUCAUUGGCACGCACUCAUGGUUUCCGCAAACGAAUGAGCACACCUGGUGGAAGAGCUAUUUUAAGACGACGACGUGCCAAGGGACGGAAAGUUCUUUGCACCAAGUCCCACCCAAAUAGUGGAAAGUAGUCGCCAUUAUCGCCACUUUCUUCUGUUAGUCUUUUAAUGCAUUCAUUCCUCCCAACUUCCUCUGCAUUUCAAGCUUUUCAUUUUUUUUAACACUCCUUCUUUCUACCCUUUAUGUUUAAUUUUUCUUUUAUGCUAUUUAUCUGUCUUGUUCCCUGUA